AUGUCAUUACCAAAUUUACUAACAGAGCCAGCACAGAGACCACCCUUCUACCGUAGCAUUUCCAGUCAUUCCCAGCUAUCCGUCAACUCGUCCAGAUCCUCGAAGGUUUUGUCGUUCGGACGGACGUUUUCGUACCAGAAAGACAAGCCCAGACUCUACCUCGCAUUGUUCUCAAGAGGAGGAACGGCGGGCGGAACAUACGGUUCACAACUUUCUUGUGAUUCAUAUCAUUGGGCUCUUGUUAUUGGCUCUCAAUCACCUUUACGAUCUGAAGCUGGUACAGCCUUCCACAUCGUGCACGGCACUUCAGACUCUGAGGGUACCCAUUUCUUCUACGAGGAGACUGACCUUCGUGAAAACCCUUACCUGGCCCGAAACUUCCUUGCCCGCAUUGCUCUUGCAAAAGUCGUUGACGAACGACGUGUCGUAGCUCUCUUUAGGACUCUGGCUUCCUCUGUGAGUGCUCAUCUGAACCCAACGCACGUUCCCCCUCAUGCCACAAACCACGAUGCUACCAGCUUUUCUUGCCUAUCAUGGGUCAAAGCCGCAUGGGCGGCAGUCUCUGAGGAUUCUCGACGACCAUUGAAGAGUUACUUCGGACCAGAAGACUGGUCACAGUUUGAGAAUGAAGCAAGAAAAUACGUCAAAAGGAAAAGGCGGCAAGGUCGAUACAGUCCAAACACAGAGCCUGGAGGUGUGACAUGGGAUCCUGCCGAAGUACCUACCUGGAACUACUGGGAGAAUCGUGAGACGACCGAUUGA